AUGAGUACUGUGCCGAAGCCAGUGUCAGUACAAAGUGCGAUGUUGGGAGUGGAUACAUUCGACGGCUGCUGCAGUGUGCUUCGUCUAGCCAAACGUCAUCUGUCAGAAAUUCUCUCGUCCUUUGAAUUUCUCGAUUGUGAAACGAUGACCCUUCUCGAUGAAAGGCUUGGCUUAAAGCCUGUCCUACAAUCGAAUCCACGAUUUACAAUACUUGUAGAGACCUCAGGCUCCAGUGCAGCACACGACUCUGAGAAAAUGGAAAAAUUUCUUAGUCACUGUAUCAGCAGCGGACUGGCUUCCGAUGGUGUACAGGCCCAGUCAAUGGAGGAAUCAUCGGCAAUGUGGCGCCUAAGAGAAAGCGCACCACUGGCAGUGGCAGCUGAUGGCUUCGUCUACAAAAAUGAUGUAACUCUUCCACUGAAGAAUUUCUAUCGUUUGACGGAGGUGAGUACUAGUAGAGAAAUACUAUUCGUUUCACUAUGGAUUGGGAACGUUGAAGUGACCUUCCAGGAGAUCAGAGCUCGGUGUUCGUCACUUGCGAAACACAUCGUAACAUACGGUCAUCUUGGAGAUGGUAACAGUCAUCUUAACAUCACCGCAAAGGAGCCUAAUCAAGAGCUAUACGACAGGUGA